CUAGGCUAGGCUAGGCUAGGCUAGCUGGGUGAUCCGUAGGUGUGCCGAGUUACGUGGGUCGGACAUCGGCAGGAGUUCCGCCCCCUCUGCUGCUCUCUCUGCUCAGCUCCCUGCUGCUUCUCAGCCCGCAGCUCCUGAAGUCUUCCAAGAUGUCUCUGAGUGAGAAAAGUAAUGAAGAGAUCAGCAGUUUGCUGACUGAGUACGGCAUCAAACAUGGGCCCAUUGUUGGCUCCACUCGGAAGCUGUAUGAGAAGAAGCUUGAGAAGGCGAUGGAGGAGGCUCCAGUGAAGCCAUCUUCUGACAAGACGUACUACAGAGAGGAAGAGGAGGAAAUUACCUACGUCACAUACCACAAUCCGGCUCAGGAGGAGGUUUACACCAACGUGCUGAAACGACGAGGCAACGCUCUGCCAGGCGAAGAAGAAGAAGAUGAAGAAGAAGAAGACGAGGAAUCCGACCAAGAUACUGAGCCUCCUGUUCAGGUGACCUACAGAGCAGCCAAUCGCAGCGCAGUACGAUCCGGUGGUCGGUCCGAAGCGACCAGAAAGACAUCAGGAGGAGGUCUAUGGAAGGUGAUUCGUAUGCUGCUGCUGUUAGCGGUGUUAGCAGCCGUUUGCUACUACGCCUACUGCCACCUGAUGAACAAUGACAAAACCCUUUAAAGAUUCAAUGAUCUGAUUCUGUAUCCGUUCAGGACAGACCUCCGCUAUCAUUGUUUACAGUUUUCUUCAUAUCAACAACCAACUGUUCAUCCAAAUUACUUCAGACUGCGUUGGGUCAUGAAAACGUUAAAAUUCAAACUCAGAUUGUUCGAUAUAACCGGCACCUCUGAGAGACAGUCUUCUCUCUACAACUGUUUAUCUCACAGUUGUUUGUUAGUCGAUUAAACUGACAACAAAUUCACGAAUUUUUCUAAAGAUUAUUUUUUAUUACUUAAUUAUUACACAUAUAAAUGACCAAAAGUGAAUAUCAAAAACUCGUCUAAGUAAUGUUUGAGUAUUUUAUACACUUUAAUCUCAUUACCACGUCGCCGCUGUAGCUUGACGUUAAUAUCAUUAACAGACUCAAUCAGAAGAAUGUAUGACCUCGAUUAAAUUAAUCACCAAAUCAAUAUUUUGACUCAAGUACUUGACUUAAAAUCAUUUCAAUGUGGACUGACUUCACCCCUGCAGUAGUAUGCAGUUAAAAUAAUAGCUGGAAACAACGAGAGGGACAAAUUUGGGUAUCAAAAUGGACAUUUAAAAAAAAAAAGAUGGUGUUCAACAUUCCAAAAGCUAUUUCCUGCCAAAAUCAGUGUAAAAAAUCUAAUAAAAAAAUCUGGAAUGAAUAUGACAAUAACAGUUUAAACUACAGCUACUCUACUCAGAAGUACAGCAGUAUUGCACAAAUAUCAAAAUAACCAUCAAAUUUAAAUACUGAUUAAGGAGUCGUCCCCCACUUUGUGAUUUUUUUUUUUGGCAACCAGGAUUCUUCCUUGUCUGUUUUUGCAUUGGCAUCGGAUAAAGAAAAUACCUGAAAUGUUACCUCAAGUCAUUUUCUCUUUCAUACAAGGACAUUAAAGUAAGAUAAAAUAUAAAAAUAUAAACCGGCAGGUAGAUGGUGUAACUUUGCAUUGCCAUAAGAGCAGCAGUGAAGGAUUUACUGUAAACGGAGAAACAUUUAAAGUGAUAACACUAAAAGAACAUGUUCACCAUGUUUAUAAUCCAAAUAGCCUGUUUGUGAAGGUAAACAGGACGGUGUUGUCUGUCUCAUUAAGCUCUGGGAUGCUUUCUGCAGCAGGUAUAAUCCAGUUUACUUUGCUUACAGAGCACCACACUGCUGACCUCUGUGUGUGAAGUUUCUUGUCAUUUUGUUUUUAUUGGGUGUUGCCAAGUUUGAAAAUGGUCAGAUUAACAGUUACUGAACAAAACAAAGAGGCAGAUUCCUUCAUUCCUUCAUUCCACUACUUCUCCUUUAAUGUCUUAGUGGAGUUUUUCCUCAUUCCAGUACACAGUUCCACCACUGUGGAGCCUAGAAACACUCUGGUAGAACAGUAAUAUGACAAUCAAUAAAGCUUUAAAUGCUGCCAAUGUUCUAUGUUUCUGUUGCAGUGUUGCCAGAUCCUAUCAAAUGACCAAAACGAGAUGUAGUCUGCAUUUCCAAGCCUUAUACAUAUUGUUAUGUGCCAAAGAGUGGCAUUGCUGCCAAAGAAAAGAUAAAAACAAAAACAGUGAGCUUCAGUGCUGCAUUGGAUGAACACACUGGUUAAUUUGGGACCAUGCUACCAUAUACUGUAUAAAAGAUGGACGUAGCCACAGUAACGUCACUUUUUCUUGUGUAGAUUAUUGUUUUAAAGCCUCGAGUCAGCAUUUAAGGGCUCGAGAACGCUAUGCAAGGCGUUACAGUAGCGGUUUGUGAGUUCUCAACGUAGCCCUGCCCUGAAACAUAACCUGCUUUAUCAUCUAUUUUUACCAUAAUUUACAAAAUUUACCAUUUUUUGCACAAAAAGUCUCAAAACUAGCAAUUGGUACCAUAAAAGGGUCAGGAAAAUGAUUACUAUGGCAGUAAAUCAAGUGAGAAUUUGGGUAUUCUGAUAUAAUUCGGUUUUGUUUUGCUACCAGAAGAGUCGCCACCUGGUGGCUGGUUAAAAGAAUGCAGGCUUCAAGUACUUGUGAGUUGGUUUCACUUUUUAGACUGCAAAGCUACAUCUAUUUUUUUUAAAACAGUCUACAGCUGGUGCCCCAAAUACGUGUGCUUUAAUAUAAACGCACUACUUCCUCUAAUUAUUACUAAAAAAUAAAUACAGUGGUCAGUUGUUUUAGGAAAUUGCUGAGCCGUUUUUUUGUUUUUUUUUUAGAAAGAACAUAUAUACAGAUAAAAAGUAGCCACAGUUUGGGUUCUUUCAUGGGAUUUGUCGAUAAAGAACUUCCUUCAGGAAUAAUAAAAUGUUGUUUCAUCGUUGA